AUGGACGUUAAAGGAUGUUAUUGUACUAAAACAUAUAUUGACUGUUCAGGGGCGGAUUUUACUGAAAUCAGUGUUAUUUACCCGUACAUUACGAAUAAUACGUACCGAAUCCAUAUUACAGGGGGGAGAAUUCGUUCACUUCCUGACGAUCUUUUUGAACCAAGCAGUUUAACGGGACCGUUGGAUAAGGUAACAUAUCUGAAUUUAUCCGGCAACAACAUUGAAACAGUUGGAAAAGAGGCAUUUAACCAACUUCCUCGUCUCGAAAUUCUGGACUUGUCCAACAAUGAUAUCCAAGUGAACUUGUGUGAGGAAAAGAAUGACUUGUCGAAGUCAUUAGCGCCACUUGUGAAUGUGAACGAGCUCUAUCUCAGACACAUCUUCAGUAAAGAAGUUUCGGGGUCCUGUGAUCCGGGAAAUAUAUUCACAGGUGCCAACAUGACUCGUUUAAAGACACUGGAUUUGAGUUCGAACGGGUUCGAUCUUGUGGAUUCAAAUAUGGAGCAAUUUCUAUGUGAUUCAUAUAGCAUAGAAACCUUGAAUCUUUCAAGAAAUUAUUUUGCCGUACUGCCAGUUUCACCUUGUAUGACUAAUGUUGUGAAUCUUGAUUUAUCUUACAAUACGAUUUCACAUUUGACCGCAGAGGAUGUUGACGUCAUUCAAAGUCUUGUUAACCUUCAAGUCCUGAAAUUAGGCGGGAAUCCCUUUGGAUGCGAUUGCUACCAGGAGAAUACAUAUAUAUUUCUUAAUACAACUACCCUUGGCCUAGAUUUCGACGACAUCAAAUGCAGCGGAGACUCCUAUGACUCAGAUCUUGUAGGGAAACCGAUAAAACGUUUGAAAUACACAGAUAUGUGCGAGGAACCCCGUAUAAUAGUGUGCUAUGGACCAAGUGGACAGAAAAUUUAUUUGAGCAAAACAACAUUUAUAGCAGGAAGCGCAGCAGGAAUUGUUGUACUUAUUAUCGUUGUAACUGUUGUCGUUAUUGUCUGCCGGCGCCGCCGUCGGAAUCGCCGGCAACCGGUCACCGAAACAAACUCUCAAAUUGUUCCUGCUGUCGCUAAAAGUACAGCUUAUACUAGAAUGGUGUAA